AUGAACGCGAGGCCUACAAAGCGCCUGUGCGUCGACAAAGGAGUCAGCCUCCUCAUUGACUCCGUGCACAACACAGGAGUAGAAGAACAUGACCUUGUAGCCUCUGCAUCCAACAGUCAGGUGAGCCUCUCCGAACUACUCGUCGUUCACGGUCUCGAGCUUCAUCAACAUCGUCAGCUUUGCAUGCGAUCAUCGAAUGAUAUCAUGCCUUCUCAAUCCUCUGUGGAGAUGACUAGCCUCAAGUGUAAAGCUGUUGACGAUACAGGGUGUAACCAUGUUCAUUACCCGUUACGGUCUGACCCUGCUCUGCUCGAAUACGUGCUAGAGUCGAAAUCCCAUUGUGGCUCCGUCACUGUACUGGACCUUCCAAAUGAGCUCCUUAUCGGCAUCGCGGAGCUCCUGCCAACGACGGCUCUAUUCGCCGUUAUUAUCUUGUCACGCCAGCUUCAUUGCAUCGUCAUGCCGUUGUUGCUCUCCAGACAUGGCCUUCGUCCUCCGGUGAAAGGAGAUAUGCAGGAAUGCAAGCUGCUCUCUCGGUAUCUGUGGUCUUUGAAGGAUCUACGCAGUAUUCCACACAUCAUAAUCCAAUUGGAAGUGGCGCCAACGCCUGAGUUCUCUCACGUUCUCGACGCUCUGCGUAACACGCCCGUCGAAAAUCUUACCCUGGUUCACCGUAGCAACAAAAUAUGCAAAACAGAGUUGCCUCUACGAGGCAAACGACGCGUCGUUACAUCCUCUUGUCUCAAGGUGUUUCGGCCUCACGCGUCCCUAUUGUUUGACACGCCGUUCGCUGAAUGGACUCUGGAGACCAUCAACUGUUCCGAUAUAUGUGAAUUAUCGCUCCUCACUCCCGGUCUCAUUUCUCCUUCAUGGAAUCAUGUACUCGAGUGGCUGAACAUUUCCAGCCUGCGUAUCCUUCACGUGGAGGGAGAGCUCUCGCAGGCGGUCCUAAACCGGUUCAUGAUGUGCCACCCUGACGUCAAGGAACUCCAUAUCGGAAAUUAUUCAGACUGUGGAAAUGCAAUGCACCAGCUGGGCAUGCCGCCUCCUAUGCUCACCAAUUUGCACACUUUAAGUGCUCCCAUUCCAUAUCUCAUACGACUGCUUGGCGAUCCUCAUUACCGGAUCACUUCCUUGCUGGAGCUUAGGAUUUUGCCUGAUAGCCGCCACGACGAUCCAGCACAGUAUCUCUGUAACCUGUCUAGGAUCCUGGCAGCCGUGGUGCACUGCGACAAGCUGUGGUCGCUCAAAUGUACGAUCCCGGCACAACUUGCUGCCGCAUGCGAAGAUCCUUUGUACGGAGGUCUCGGCCUCAUUCAUGAUGUAAACCUUCAUCUCACAGAGGUCGGGUACGUCGUUCUCGAACAGGCUUCCGCUCACGGUGGGAUGCGAAAAGCCGCAUUCAGUCACUCAUUAUUGAGGAGUCUCCCGUCAUGGCUUCGGCAAUUCCCAGCGCUAUCUGCACUCCAAUUGUGGGAGGAUGCCGCUCUAGAGCGGAGCGAGGAAUUCUCCUGCAUCCGUGAAGAUUUUAACAAUGUGACUGACUUAUUCAUGUGGUCUGGUGAGAAGGAGCUAUCUUUCUCGGUUCUUUGA